GCUACGAGUAACCGACCGAAGAUACCGCGGGCACGGGUGGAUCCGGUUGUCGCCAAUUGUGGGACUGCCAGUACACGAUGCUCCUUGACGUACGAGCUUUUCCUGGAGUCCGUUGCGAGAAUGUAACUCUAGCUCUCUUCCAACAAAAACCCAUCAUUAUGGAAGCCAGCAAUGCUGCGAACAUCACACAUGCCUCGGAUCAUGACAAGGGCGCGGAGGUCUUGCUGAAAGCCGUGCAAAUGUCGAGACACGCAAAGUCUGAGCAGGAAAACGGUACACGUACUGCCACGGCAGAAGCGAGAGACAUACCAUCCCCAGAAAAUACGCAAAUCAUCGAGGAUAGAUACCUCUCUGGAGGUUCGGAACAUGCUAAAAUGCCGUCUAAUCAGCAUCCCGCGUGCACCGAAAGUUUCCCCAGCACAACCCGUUCCCCCUCGACGCUGUCUGUGGCAAACCAGCAAAAGCCUAUACUAACGUACGACGACGUAACUACCUCAGGAUUGCCCACAUACCCGGCUGUACCGAAGCUUCAACUCUUGAAUAUGACGAAUACCGUACACCAGAGCCAUGCCCUUACUACGCCUCGCCGCAAGCCUCUGCCGAAGUCGUCCCAGAACGAGCUAAAUGCAGUUAUUGAACGUAAACUAUCGUUCUAUCGCCCAGUAUCUGCACCACCUCUAAGAACCACCACGAUCAUCAACGGUACUGAGGAGGGCAAUAUUCAUUCAUGCUCGCCUCUAAGUAGGCCUUCCUCGCGCGCAUCGACAAUGACUUCCCUAGUCUCUACGAAGUCACAUACAGAGCCUGGGCCUAUUCACAUUCAUCAGUCCUCUCAGCUCCAAAGUAUGCAGUCUAUCGGCGAGCUAGAUGCAAGGCUUCAUGAAGUCGCCAGUCUGCGUAACUCAUGGAGAAGGACAUGGCCCAACCGUGCAAGUAAUGAGGCAACGCCUACCGGUACUCCAGAGUCUAUAUCCAAUGUGCCUUUGAGCGGUGGAGUUUAUGAAGCUCAUUCAAGGUUAAAUUGUAAUAUUCUUUCGAACCCCCCCGAAAGGGUAUAUUUAUAUGGCUGGGCGAGAUCGAGCGAAUGGGUUCAACCCUGUGCCAUCGACGAAAGCUCAAAAGAGUGGAUUGAGGAUUUUCUUGCUCGCCAGGAACAAGCAAAUCGCAACGAACAUAAUGAAAGACGACGCCUGGGAAAGCAAGACAGCAAACAUGGCAGUAUCCGCAGCCGAGUAGGUAGUACAGACAAAUUCAGGCGCAAGCUUAGCAUGAGGCGUGUUACAGAUGAAUGGGGAAGCUUCGAGGCAAGGCAAGAGAGGAGGCACGGACGGCUCUUUGACUUGGACAUUGAAUCAUCUCCUUACGGUAGGGCAAUCGUGCCAAUACCUGGAGAAAACCUGGAAGGCGCGGCUAUAUCAAGAGCAUUUUCACGGAAUUCCAUCACGAAUCAGCGCCUGAGAUCUCAAACCGCUAUGUCGAACCGAUCGUCCUGGGCACCUACAUCGGCUCUGCAUCCAACACAUGCACCAAAACCGCACCAUAUGUCACUUCCAUCGCGAUGGCCAUCUUCAUACCCUACUUUCAGCACCUUCACACCAAAGCCCUAUCAUCCGACGCCCGCACAACGACCCAAAGUCAGGAAGCAUGGUUAUCAAUCGCAUGGCAGAACCGGCAGCUGGGAGAAGUUGAAGGUCAAAGCAGUGAGUUCUAUAGGCUCGGAUCUCAAGAGAAGCAUUUCUGCUGGUGUCGUGCCCGUUAUCAUAGAGGGAAAGGACAGUAUGAAGAACCUGGUUGGUAAGGUGGAGAAAGCUGGUGGGAGCAUGACUAGGAAGUUCAGCGCGAGCUUGAAGGGCAAGUUGAAGGGUUUUGGCAAGAAAAAGAAGAGCAUGAACGUCGGAGGGACUUUUUCAGUUCGAGGAGAGCGUUGAAUCCGAACGCGAGAUAGUUUCAGGGUAUUUGGACGCAUGUUACACAAUACCACAUCGAUAUUCGCUUAGCAGUUGAAAUCGGCGGAGUUUUGGAAUUACAUUGAAUUUUUAC